GUGCUUUGGUAAAAACCCAAUAAACACCCAUAAACUCCCAUAAUCACCCAAAAAAAUAGGUUUUUACGUAUUUUUUUGAAAAUAUGUAAGUAAUACCAAUAAAUUAUUUUUAUAAAUUGUAUUGAUCAAUUCUACAAUAUUAAAUAAAACGUUAACUAAUAAUAUUUCAGGAAAUUUUAAAAAUCUAUAUAUAAUAAAAUGAAAGUAAUUAAUUUUCAGUGUUUUCAUGUUGCAGUUGAUCAACAUGUUGGCCUUUUGCUUCCCGUAGAUACUUUAAAAUUUCUUCAUAACACCUCGUUCGCACACAUGGCCGUAUAUAUUUAAAUUCUUGAGCCACUAACAGUCCGAAAUACUCAUUUCUUUUAUCCUCUUCUCCAUAAAUUAAGCAUUUAGAACAGUUUGUUUCUUCUUUCAGUAAAUUUUCUUUUACUUUAUCCUCGUUUUUUUUCUUUGUUGCGACGACGCUGGGUAAAUCGUCUGGACACUGGGUCUCACUAUCGCCAAAUAUAUUUGGAGAUCGGCUUCGGCUACGGCUUGGCAGACAUUUUUUUCUUUCUACAAUUUUAAAUUAAAUUUAUUAGAAUAAAUGCUUCGAACACACGCGAUCUAAGUACCUUUUGUGUUUAUUAUACCUUACCUACCUAGGUAUAAAAAGAGUACUUACGUAGAUUUUCUUUUAUUAACUGUUUUAUACGAAGAUCUUGAUCUCUCAAAUUAGCAUCCAUUUUACUUCCAGUGAUUAUCAACUAAAUUAAUAAUCCACAAAGUAUUAAAUAACGUUUUUAUGAAAUAUUUAGCACAAAAACAAUACCCUUUAAAUAUCGAUCGUCAGUAACUGUGGCUGACUUACCUAUAUUCUAGCAAGCAGGACUGCCAGAUGUGAAGGGGAAAUCCCCAAUAAAUUGUUGCAUGUGACUGAUGAUGUGAGCAUGUUCGUUUCAUAAUAAAAAUGUUGCCAGGUAACCAAAAAGUCGUAUGUUUUUGUGCGAAUUACGAUCAUAAUCUUUACGAUCGUACAUUAAAAAAUAGACAAAUAAUAGUAUGAGUACGAUUUAAAUCGUAUAUCUGUCAACCCUGCUAGCAAGACAGCGACAAAAUCACGUUGCAUAACAAUGUAGCCCAAGCUUAUAUCUUAUGAAAUAUACGGAAGAGAUACGGACUUAGAAAAAACAGAAAUGUUGUUCUUUGUGGAAGUCAUUGAUGAAAUUCUAUGUAUUUUAGCCCGCAAACUUUCUUCAAACAAAAACAGCGCCAUCUAGUAUCGAGUUCUGUAAUUAUCUCUUUGUUUAUGGAUUUGAAGUAAGACCGCCACGCAUGCAAUACAUUAUGACUGGGGAUUCCCCUAUUCGUCGACGCUGAAUAUGAGGCGACGACAAUCACUGUCAAACGUGUUCACUAUUACUCUGACUCUGGUAACGUGACUUCCUGGUAACGUGUUAGGUAGGAAAAGCAGUAAAAAAGUGCAUAUUAAGGGAGCAGAUUUGAAAUAAUAUUUAUACUUAACAAGAAAUAAUUAAAGGUUCAAUGGGGAGACCUAAAGAUUUACGCAUAUGGGAGCACUACCGUACUUUACCAAACAAGUCUGUUUCUUGCAAGCUUUGUAAUAAGGUCUACAAAUUCAGUAAUGCUGCCAAAAUGCUUCAACAUCUUAUCACUUGUCCAAAAUCUCCAGAAACAUUAAAAGACUCUAUGAAACUUAUAAAAGAUAGCUCGUCCAAAACCAAAAUGUCUGGACUGUCAGAGAUAGAGACAAAUGAUUCUUUUAUAAGCCCCUCGUCGUCUGCUAACACUACAAUAAAUGCUGAGUUUCAAGACACCGAUGAUCAUAUAAAAACAGAAUUAGCGAGAGCUAUAUUUGUAACAGGGACGCCAUUAUCGAUGGUGCAACAUCCUUUAUGGAUACAAUUUUUCGAAAAAUUGCAACCAAAAUUUAAAAUACCUUCACGUAAAGCUUUAGCGACAAAAUACUUAGAUAAAAUAUAUAGAGAAAUGCGUUUUGAGUUAAAUGAGGAACUAAAUGCUUGUAGUUACUUACACCUUCAGUGCGAUGGCUGGUCUAAUUUAAGAAAUGAAGGAAUAAUAAACUUUCUUAUAUCAAAACCUCAACCUGCAUACGUUAAAAGUUUGAAUACAGAAAGUAAUCCUCACACUAGUGAAUACCUUAGCCAAGAAGUUGAAAAAGUAAUGAAAGUGUAUGGAGCAAAUAAGUUUCUUGUACUUUUUGGCGAUAACGCUAGAAAUAUACAAAAGGCAUUCGAAUUAACAAAACUCAAAUAUCCACAUGUUGUUCCUCUCGGUUGCUGUGCACAUAUCCUUAACUUGUUGUGCCAAGAUAUUGUAAAGAUACAAGAAGUAACUGUGUUUAUUAUGCAAGCCAUAAAUAUAAUAAAAACUGUUAAAAGGAGUCAACGAUUAAGUUCCUUGUUGAUAAAAUCAAGGCAGGGUGAAGAUUCUACACAAACACUAAAAUUGCCUUGUGCUACAAGAUGGGGAAGUCAUGUUACUUCGUUAAAAAGUUUGAAAGCAAAUAAGAUAGCUUAUUAUUUAUUAUUAAUUAACAGUUAG